UAGCGUGUCCAUACCGCUACCUGGUGUCGGCGGAGUCGGUGCGGCCCCGGAAGCGGCCCCGCCGGCGGGGGCAGGACGAGGGACCCCGCCCCACAGGAGUUGCAGCGCCCGCGAGGCCUGUAAGUUUGUCCAUGGAGCAGCAUGGAGAGAAGAAGAUAGCAUACUAAAGUGGUGGAGUUGUCGACAGGAUGGCCUUCCUGGAUAACCCAGCAAUUAUAUUGGCUCAUAUUCGGCAGUCACAUGUGACCAGUGAUGACACAGGGAUGUGUGAAAUGGUCCUGAUAGAUCAUGAUGUUGACCUAGAGAAAUUCAAUCCUUCUUCAGUGACUGGAGACAGUGGUUCAGAAACACAGGGAAGCAAUGGAGAGACUCAGGGUUAUGUAUAUUCCCAAUCAGUUGAUAUUACCUCAAGCUGGGACUUCGGUAUUAGAAGACGAUCAAAUACAGCUCAGAGACUAGAACGACUACGAAAAGAGAGACAAAAUCAAAUAAAAUGCAAAAACGUUCAGUGGAAAGAGAGAAAUGCUUCUUGUUCAGCAGAGGAGCUAAGCUCGCUGUUCGAAAAAAAGAAUUUCAGAGUAAAGUCUCCACAUUCUGGGAAGCAGUCGUUACUGUCUGUGCGACUUGAACAGUGCCCACUGCAGUUGAACAACCCUUUCAAUGAGUACUCAAAAUUUGAUGGCAAGGGUCAUGUUGGUACAACUGCAACCAAAAAAAUUGAUGUCUACCUCCCAUUGCACACAAGCCAAGACAAACUGCUGCCAAUGACAGUUGUGACGAUAGCAAAUGCCAAGGUGCAUGACCUGAUUGGACUAAUAUGCUGGCAAUACACGAGUGAAGGACGGGAACCCAAGCUAAAUGACAAUGUCAAUGCCUACUGUCUCCAUAUUGCUGAGGACGAUGGUGAGGUUGACACAGACUUUCCACCCUUGGAUUCCAACGAACCCAUUCACAAAUUUGGCUUCAGCACUCUGGCAUUGGUUGAAAAGUACUCUUCUCCAGGGCUGGCAGCUAAACAGUCACUCUUUGUUCGAAUAAAUGCUGCUCAUGGAUUCUCACUUAUUCAGGUGGACAGUAUGAAGGUCACCAUGAAGGACAUCUUACAAAAGGCCUUAAAGCGGAGGAAGGGAUCACAGAGGGGUUCAGGUCCUCAGUAUCGUCUGGAGAAGCAGAGUGAACCCAAUGUCCCAGUAGACUUAGACUGUACCUUGGAGAGCCAGAGCACUUUGGAAUUCUGCCUUGUCCGAGAGAACAGUUCAAGAGGAGAAGAGAUCUCCGAGGAAGAUCCUCAGAUCGAUAUAGCUACAGUUCAAGAUAUGCUCAGUAGCCACCAUUACAAGUCCUUCAAAGUCAGCAUGAUCCAUAGGCUUCGGUUCACGACUGAUGUUCAGUUGGGUAUCUCUGGAGACAAGGUAGAGAUAGACCCUGUUACUAAUCAGAAGGCCAGCACUAAGUUUUGGAUUAAGCAGAAACCCAUUUCGAUCGAUUCUGAACUCCUCUGCGCCUGUGACCUUGCGGAAGAAAAAAGCCCAAGUCAUGCAAUAUUUAAACUUACAUAUCUAAGUAAUCAUGACUACAAACACCUCUACUUUGAAUCAGAUGCUGCUACCAUCAAUGAAAUUGUCCUGAAGGUUAACUAUAUUCUAGAAUCCCGAGCAAGUACAGCCAGAGCAGAUUAUUUUGCUCAGAAACAAAGAAAACUGAGCAGGAGAACAAGCUUUAGCUUCCAGAAGGAGAAGAAAUCAGGACAGCAGUAAUGUCUAGCCUGGAGCAAAAACCUGUCCGCACAAUUCGAAGAAGGAGAAGCUCCCAACAGUCUGAGACAGGUGGGAGCCAGAACUGCAGAGUUCUUGCUGCCAACAGCCAGGAGCAGCCAAGGAAGAGAAUCAGUAAUACACAGUUUCCCAGGAUGAACAGAUGACCCCACGUUGGUUAUGGGAAGUCUCCCUUAUGACAAAAACAAAGAGCGAUAUCAGCCGGAAGGAGGACUGUGACACUUACAAUUCCUUUGAUUAGAAAGGAGGAGGAUGUAGGCUGGCAUCGUUUAAGAACUAUAUUCUGUACAAUCACAAGGAAAGAUGUGGUUACAAAUUAUUUCACAGCCUGAUAAAGAUAAAUUCUAUACAUCAGUUAUACACACACACACACACACGUACUGCUUAUGACAUGAUCAAAUUUCUAAAAAUGAAAUGUAUCCGUUUUUACUAUUAAUAAAGGUGUAAUCUUUCUCCA